AUGGCAUCAGCACCAAAAUAUGGUCUUAUUCUAUUAGGAAACAGUGGAGCUGGGAAAAGUUUUUUGGCCAAUCGAAUAUUAGAUGACGAUAAAGCGUUCGAAAGUAGAUUCUCAGCCAAAUCUGUCACUCGUCAUACUGAGUGGAAAGAAAUGACCAAGUCGAUUAAAAGCCGUAUUUAUUUAGUAGCUAAUAUUCCGGGUUUACUUGAAGCGGAUCAGAAAUUAGUUGAUGAAAAUCGCAAUGAAAUAAUGAAUGCAUUUAAAGCAUGUCCGUUGGCUAUAGUUAUCUUUGUAUUCGGUCAUAAGAAUGGAAGAAUUCCUGACGAAGAUUCACUAGCUUUCACACGCAUUAAUGAUGCUUACGAAUUUUCACCGCAAUCAUUAUUAAUUGUUAUUAAUGGAAUUCCAUCUAACCAAAUUGAUGAUUACGAAACGAGAACAGCAGAUUUGAUUCAUCAACUUACCCAUGCAAACAAAAAUCACAUCUACUUCAUCAAGAAAUCAACAUCGGAGGAGACCGAUAAAAUUAUUUCUGAUCUUUUACACAAGGGAAUAGAGAAAUGUGAACCGACUUAUCAUGAAAAGAAACAUGACAUUCAGUUGAUAAUUGAUGAAAUUUCUCAACUGAAAGCAUUAAGUAGAAUACGACAAGAUCAAAUACUGGCACAACAGGAAGAACAUUCCAAAAGAAAGAAAUCUAGUAUAUGUCAGGAACCAAUGCUGCAACAUCCUCAUUCUCAACCCCAGAGAUCAUCAAUAGAAACGGUUGACCCUAUAUGCGUACCCAAGGAAGAAGAAAUGGAAUUCAACGAAUAUCUCAAAGCUCAAGACAAACAAUUCAAUGAAACUUCUGCUGAAAUCGACGCACAAUUCCAUGAUCCACAUAGACUUAUCCUAUUACAAUUAGCCGAGCAAAUUCAAAGAGAUAGUAAUAGAAACAGAGAAAUGGUUGCUAACAUAUCGACACCGCCUGAUGUUAAUAUCGUUACUAAGAAGUCUGGAAAUCCAGUACGAAAAGCACUACAAAAAGUUGGAAAAGUAAUCGGUAAUGCUCGUGAAGCAAUUGAUGGCUUUUUCUAUCAGCAUCCUAAAAAUCUGAAUGAUAGUGAACAAGAUCAUCAUUCUUAUCAAGAUGCAACACUCUCUUCUCAUCCUUCUAAUCCUGCUAUCUGCAAGCAUCAAGACAAAUGA